CCUGAGAAAUGUCGUUACUUGCUUCGGUUUUAGUCGACCUCAGAGUUUCACAGUGGACUUAUAUUCUUAAAGCUUCAGUGGAAACACCGAGUUACGUCUGUGUGGACACCAGGAAGUCAACAUUUCAGUUUUAGUGGCGUUAAUGGGAGUUGGGCGCUCAAGAAGGAAGCUGUCGCUUUUUUUUUUAGCUCUUAAAAAAAAGGCUUGUUUUGUAACACUUAGCUAAUAUAUUUUUCUGUGAUCGACUUUGUUUUGUUUGUAGGUGACGUGUGGACUUUAUUUUGGUGGGGGUCAUCUUCAGAGGACGUUUAUAAUGAAUUUAUCAAUUAACUCAGGAGCGCUCGUGCUCCUGCUCGUCACUUUAACUUCGGGUCAGGACAGCGGGGACGCCUGUCUCUCUCGCUUCCAAAAGGGCCAGGACGAGUUCUUCCUGGACACCGACGAGUCCGUGAAGGACGGAGCCACGUUCCUGUCGGCGCCGAAGAUGGAGCGGACCCGGGACUGCGUGGCGUCGUGCUGCAAGAACCCCCGGUGUAACGUCGCCCUGAUGGAGAAGGGAGCCGAGGAGGGCCUCAUCAGCUCCUGCUUCCUGUUCGACUGCCUGUACAAGCAGAAAUACGCCUGCCGCUUCGUCAGGAAGAAGGGAUACAGCAACUACAUCCUGAACACCGUCUAUCAGAACAACGUGGACCUGGAGCCUGACCGAGAUUUACCCGACAAUCCACCAGUGGCAGACGCAGGCCAGGACCAGGUGGUCCAGCCUCAAGAUAGUGUGACGUUGAACGGCAUUCAGAGCAGGGAUGACAAAGGCAUUGAGAGCUAUAAAUGGGAUAUGCUAACAGAUUAUCCAUACGCUCUCAUUGAGAAAACCAACUUCCCUGACCAGAUUAUUGUUUCCAAUCUGACAUCUGGGAUGUACAAGUUCCAACUGACUGUGACGGACACCGGGGGUCAGACAGACGCCACCAUGAUUACCAUCCUGGUCCUCACUCCCGAGCAGUCCAAGAACCACUGUAUGUUUCCAAUGAAAAUUGGGCCAUGUCGUGGUGCGUUCCCUCGCUGGUAUCACAACGCUGCCUCGGGACACUGCGAGGAGUUUAUUUUUGGGGGCUGCAAGGGGAAUCUCAACAACUACCUCACCAAGGACGAGUGCACUAAAGCCUGCUACGACUCAGGAAAAGGUGGAAGACUUCUGUUACCUCCAGCAGAAGAAAAAUGUGGCACUCCGUGCACCACCGAGCAGUUCAUCUGCAAUAAUGGCUGCUGUUUGGACGCAGGCCUGGAGUGUGAUGGAACCCCGCAGUGCACUGACGGCUCAGAUGAGAGCAACUGCGAUGAAUUGACGAAUAAGUUUCUGAUUCUGACCCAGAUUCCAGUGGAUGAACAGAAAGUUCGCUGCACUGAGCACCCCGACACAGGAACUUGCAGGGACAGCCAGACUAAGUGGUUCUACGACCCCAUCCAUCAGGUCUGUUUACCCUUUAAUUAUGGCGGCUGCAAAGGAAACGGAAACAGAUUCGACUCUGAAGAAUCCUGUAAAACAACUUGCCGUAGCGUAACAAGCAAAGAUGUAUUUGCAAGAAAGUCGGGCCCUGAAAAACAAGAAUCAUCUGAUAGCCAGACAGGGAUCCUUGCGAUAGCCAUUCUCCUGGGUGUAGCCAUCGUCAUUCUCCUCGGCAUCCUGGGAUACUGCUGCCUGAAGAAUAAGAAAUCAAGUCACCAGCCUAUCGGCAGCACCACCAAGGUCUACUGAGCCUCAACUUCACCCCCAUCAUGAUAGAUUAUUAUAUUGACUGCUCAGAAUAACUAGAGAAGUGUGUUUAAAGACUGGAGGAGAUGCAUCUUUUAUUUAGUCCUUAUGUGGAUGGUUUUCUUUGAGACAACGUUAACAGAAGACCGAGUCUUCACUAACAAAACGUGAUGUUUUGAUUUUAACACCGCAGCUGACAUCAGUCGGUUUCUGAUGUUUGAAGCUCAGGUCAAAUGAAAAAGAUUCAGUUUGUUGUCGAGGCAGUUAGUUUCAGCUAAUCCUCCCAUAGAAAUUCAGAUAUAUUUGAUUUUUUUUUUUUCUUCCUUCUAAGCCUUUUUAUUUUCAGUGAUGAGAAUCAUUUAUUUUAUUUUAUUUUUUUGUAAAAGACAAGUCCAUCAUGACUUUUACCUCAAA